AUGGUCACCAUCGACGCCGGAGCGUACCCGCACAUCCUGUGCGCCAUCGUAGCCGCGGCGCCGCCGGCCGCCCUGCUCACGCUGCGCGCGACCUCCAAAUCUCUGCGCGAGGCAGUCGACACGCGCCUGGCCUCGCACGUCCUGCUGUGGGCGGACGGCCGCGUCUCCUCCCGCCUCCUGCCCUCGGGACGCCUUCCCUUCCGCCUCGCCGACCUCGCGGACCACAUCCACAUCCUCGACAUCCAAAUGUUCGUCCCGCGGCGCCCCGGCGACUCGGGCCUGAGGGUAUUGCAAGACCGCUUCCUCUGGGCGCGUUGCGACGCGAACACGCGCUGCAACUGCGGGUGGUCUAGGCUUGCCCAGCCCCGCUUCCCCCCGAUGCCACACCUGCGCGCCGUCCGCCGCUGGGGCCCGCAUACGUGCUGGGCGCCGGCUGUGCCGCGGCUCACGCAUUUCGAGGCGUCGCACCACGCCGACACUUGGCAUGUGCCGGACGACGUGGCGUGGUACAUCCUUCCCACGUGGGCGGUCUCGCGCUUCAACCGCGUCGACGUGGAUGCGCGCCCGCGAUACGUCCUCGCUGGGACUAGGACACGCGGGCUGUUCGGCAUGGUCGACGAGUGGAACGUCAAGCGGGCGGUGGAUCGCGCGGACAAGGAGGACGAGGAGCGCAGCGCGACUCGGGCGGACUACUUCGCGGCGCUGCUCGCCAUGGUUUGGCUCCACGACGAGGACAAGGACGGGAAGUGGACGCUCGUCGACGUCGAGAGCUGGCCGGAGUGGGAGGGGGCGACCGGCGUCGCGGACACGAUCCGCCAGCGUAUCACCCGCUGCUGUGUCGCGGCACACUUGUACAAGGGGAAGAAGGCGGGGAUCGAGGAUAAGCUGCGCUUCAUCAGCAGUGAGGAGUAUGAGGAGGAGAUGGGGGAGCUGGCAGCGCUCGAAGAGGAUGACCAUGAGUGGAAGUUUUAG